UGCUCUAAUCUGGCUCUUUCAUCUUUCUCUCUCCGGCGAGAGCUGCACUUUAUAUAGAGAGAGAAAACAAAAAAAAUGCAUAUAUAUAGAGAGAGAAAGCAAAGACAAUUGUAAUGAGAAAGAGGUGCAAAUAUAUGUAUCUGCCAAUGAAAUCGAUCUAUCUUUCUUUUGCCUUUCUUUAGAUGAAAACCCAAAACCCUUCCCGACUUUCUCGCUUCUCUUUCCGGCGAACUUUUCGGUGAAAACCAAAACCAAAACCAAAACCAAAACCAAAACCAAAUCCAAAUCCAAAUCCAAAAUGCUGAUUCCAUGCAAUCGAUCCUCUUUACUCCCAACUGGGUUUCAUUUCUUCACAUUGUUUCUCUCUGUUUUAUUGACUUCAUUACAAGUUUUCUCAAAGCUCUGAUUUCUAAUUCUCUUCAUUGUAUAAACUCUGAUUGUAUAUAUAGAGAAUUGAUAAAGUUUUGGACCCAUGUCUUGAGGUGGGUUCAAAUUCGUUUUCAAUUCGAUACUAAUGCAAGUGUUGUCGUCCCAGAAAUGGACAACAAUCGAGCGAGUCGGUUCUCGCCUGCGAAGCCACAGACAAUUAAGAAAUCUGGUAUGGAUGGUAAUGGUGGGGGCAUUGUUUUUUCGGAGAAUUUGAAGAAAGAAAGACUGAGAAAAUUGAGUGUUGUUGGUAGAGUGAGUUCAAGCAACGAAAACGGCGAAAUGGGUUCUGUUGGAUCUGAUAGGGAAGAUGAGCUUCGACCCACCACUAGUAUUAGCAAGAGAUUUAAGCUUCCUACAAAGUUUUUCGAUGAAUACAACACAGUUGAUCAUGCUUCUGUUCCUAGGAAGUUACGGUCAGCCAUGAAGAAGCGCAAUCACAACUCCAUUUCUCCACCAUUGCCAGAUAAGAAGAAGCCGAACAAUGGGAUCAAUGGAGUCAAAUUACCAAUAAAGAAUAGCAUAAAGAAAUCCAAACAGAAGCAACAACGAGACUCAGAGGGAUCUCCAAGCCAGAUCAUUGUACGGCCAAUCACAAAAGACGAGGAAGAAGUUGUAGAGACUCUGUAUGCUUUGGCCGAAAUGUUUCCAUUUCCAAACAAUAACAAGAGUGAUUCGGAUUGUGAAUUAACAAAAGCAAAAUCUUCACCUAUGAGAGAGGGAGAGAAUUCAAGGCCUCGAUUGGAAGGUUCCGAAGCUCCUGAGAAAGAAGAGGACUCAAACUCAAAGUCACUUGGCCCCUCAACUACUGUCGAGGCUGGCAAUUCAUCAUUGUUAGAAGAAUCAGCUCAAGAAACUGUACAAGCCAAAUGUUUGAAUGAACCAUCAGAACCUGGUUUCCCCAACAGUGCACAAUUGCGUACCGAAUUGGAUAAUACCAUUUCUCAAAGAAACAUACAAUCAAUGUCUAUGUUAUCCAAGAGUGAACCCAUCGAUGGGAACCCAUCUUGCAGUUCUGUUGGUUGCAAUGUUCAAUCUGAACUAGGCCUAGGAACUAGCUCUAAGCAGCCCAAACACAAGGAAGCCGCAACUUAUGCGGGAAAACCAGAAAAUGCAGCUGGACCAGCUGCAUCUGUUGGUUGUCAACACGAACUACAACACACCCUCAAUGGGAGCAAAAACAGUGGUGUGGCAUUGUGGCCAGGCUUGUCUUCAGCAGCAUCCAAUGGUGCAAGUACUCAGGGACCUUCUUUGAGGUCAUCCCCUGCUAAAACUCCUGUUUGGUUGGCCAUGGCUCCUUCUGUAACUCCACCCGGUUCAUUGCGUAAUGGUGUUCUAACAGAAAAGGAUUCUAGAGCUCCAGUUGGUAGAAAUAAGCCAUGGAAGAGAUGUUCAGCUCAUGUUUAUGUAAGUCGUCUCAUUAAGGUCUUGCAAAUUACCGAGAAAAAAGACGUGCUGCCUGUGCUGGCUACUCAGUUGACUUCAAAUGAAGGAUCCAAACGAGGCAUUAUUUUUACAGACAACCACCUGAACACAGUGUGAAGUGCCUUGAACGGAUCUGUUUCUGAACACAACAUAGUUGGUUAUUCUGCUGAGAAGAAUCCAAUCGAAGUUAGGAAUGCUAUUCUAUUGCACAAGGGACUCAUUCAAGAACAUCAACAACAGGCUUCUUCAACAUCCACGCUUUACACCACACAAAAGAAGAGUUUUGACUUCUUGUCCCUGUCAGCCAGAGGUGGUGGAAUGGAAGCUACUAACAGUGCUAAUAAAGUAGGGAAUGAACUUGAGCCAUUGACUCAAUUUCAAAUUCCUUACCUGCCAUCACUUGCGCAAAAUCACACAGUCCUGCCGUACUCUCUGCCCCAAAUUCGUUAUUCAUCCACUCCUUUCACCAACAAUCUUUCAGUGGCUUCAGCAAAGCAGGUCCAGAUACAGCCACUUCAAUACAUGAGCCAUGGCCCUCCACGAUUGAGUACCGCAGCCUUGCCAAUACAGCAGCGGCAACGGAUUUGGACAGCUCAAUACAAGCCCGUCGGAGUAGCUGGGUCCUAUAAUCCAAACUGGGAAAACAGAAGACAAGACCCUUCAACAAUCCAGUUUGCUCAAUCAAUUGUCCAACGUUCACAUUGUUCACUAGAAGUACUUGGCCCCAAGUAUGCUCCAAUCUCACAACAUCAGCAACAGCAGCAGCAGUUCAAUCCUGUUUCCUCAUCUUUGCCCAAUGUCAGGGCUAAAGGGCAACACCACCAUCAUCAUCUCCCUUCUGGCUACGAAGGAAGUGGAGUCUGUUUGUGUCCUGAUACUGCACUUCCAUUGCAAUUACUCUGCAACGAGCGCCCUUAAAUGAGAUGGGACUGACCUAACAAAGUAGUCGUGAAGGAAAACGGGUCAUCAUUGGCAUCAAAGGAUUGGGAGAAUGAGUAAUUCCAGGCUCUGAGGCAAAUUCAAAACUCCAUUUGCUGCACUAUCAGGUGAGAGAAGUCUUGUAUUGUCUGCUUUGUUGAGGCGAAAAAAAUAGACGCAUAAUUUUAGUGUAUUGCUAAUGUUCCAGAGUAGCCUUUUUGGGUUCUGUGGUUGGCUUUGGGGUCUUGUACGGUGCAUUCCCUGCCAAAUUGAGCAUGAACACAACAGCCCAUGUUGUGCUAAAGCAUAUGAUAUUAACAGAAGAUUAAAAAAAAAAAGGGCUAAAGACCAAAUUCCAAAUGAGCUCCUUACCAAAUCUACUUUGUGGUUGGUUGGGUGGGGAGGUGAGUCGGAGGGAGUGGGUAUAUGUUAGAUAAAUAAGUUUUAAAAAUAUAGAAAUCAAUCUCAUAAGACAGACACAUAAUCCAUAUGGAUGGAUGCACAAGAUUUUUAAAAAUGGAUUCUAUCAACAAAAUUUGUAAAAUUGUGUAUUUAUAAUGUGUUUAAUUUGUGUUUGUAGUAAAAUUGUUCUUAGAUAAUACCAGUUUAAGAAACUAAGCCAAAUAUUAAUGAUUUAGUAUAAUAA